AUGACAGAAUUUGUUGAUCUUCAGCAAAGAGUUACGAGUUUCCGGCUUAACAUCAGAACAAAGGAGGUAUGGAAUUGGCAUAUGUUAACCUUUUUUAGACCGGAAACUCUCAUCCCAUUGGGGAUCUAAGGUCCAUCUUUAGUGCUAGUGACAGCAUUUGCAAAAGAAGGCAAUUGAGACCCGAUUCAGAAUGGAAAGAAAAGAGCUUCAAGAGUGAUGAAGGCAAGAAGCCUGGUUUUUUGAUUGAUUCUGGGGACAAUAUUGGCUCAAACGAUGGGUACGUCGAAGAAGUUGUUCAGAAUAGCUGGGAGCGUGCAGAUGUAGAAGCUGAAAGAGCGUUUAUUAACCAAUAUAUUUUGGAUCAAACCAAUUUAACCGACAAUGUAAAUCGGUAUACCGUCAAGGGCGUUGCCGGAGUUUCCGUGAAGAGCAAAGUUUCUAACAAAGUAUUCGAAAAGCAAAUGGAAUUGUAUGCAAAAAAUGUUGGUUUGUUAAUUCUUUUCGAAUCGUGAUUUAGAUUUCGAAUAGCCUAGAAAGCGACUGUUUGGCCAGUAAUCAUGGUGCUGUCGUAGAAGCAGUGGAGAGUAUGAAUGACAAGGAAGUAACGCAACUUUGGGGAAGUGUUCUGCCUCUUUUAAGUCUGGACUCUGCGGACAUUGGUGACGCUGAAUUGUAUCGAAGCUCAGAGAAAUGGAUCAAUUUUGUCCUCCAAAGGUCCACCUUCUAUCUUCAACAGAUGUAUGACUGUGAUUCCAGAGCGGAUGAUAUUUACUUUUCUAGGUAUAAGGAAUUCAUGGAAACGAUCGUCGAAAGUAACAUGGAAUUGGCCCAGAGAGGAGGAGUGCCUGGGGUUCUUCCGUUAAUUGAGGCCUACCUGAAUGUGACACUGCCAGACUUUGAGUUUCAGGUGUGUUUCGCAUUUCAAGGUUUUUACAGAGUUUUUCAGGAUGGUGUGUAUGGAAAGCAUCCCGUCUGGCCUGUCCUGUACAACCUCCUUCGUUGUGGUGAAUCGCAACUGGCGGCUAAAGUGGUGAAAACUCUGUCCAGUAUCCCAAACUGCGCCGUCUUGGUUGGCUGUAUAUUGAAUUGUUGCGAUUCCGGGUAAUUUAAUACUCUAUGUUUGUACUAUUUUUAGUUUGGAUGCUGAUAAGAGACUUAAACUUAACGCAGAAUGGAAACAUGAAGGUGCCCAUUGCUCGGAUCCUUUCAAAAGGGCAGUUUAUGCUAUCUUCUUGGGUAUUGAAUGCCCUGAGGUUACGGACUCGAUUGAGAAUUGGCUAUGGGUCAAGCUAAUGCAAUGCAAAUUAGAUGCCACUAAUGGCAAGACUCAGUUCCGAAAGACUCAGACUACUGUGUGUGUUGAUUGUGGCGAAGAUUACUUUGUAAAAAAUGGAGGAAGUUAUUCAUUAUACUUUACGGCGCUGUGGUUGACUGGCAAGUUAUUUUCUGUAAAUGUAUAUUCAUCGUUUUUAGGACAGAUUGAAAGAAGUAUAGAACUUCUAUACAGAUCUGGGAUGGCGCAUCACGCGGUACAUAUAUCUAUUCUGGCGCAACAAAAAGGUUUACUGAUCCUUGGAAGAAGGGUUUCGGAAUUUAUCCGUAUGUUUUUUUUUUGCGGCUUUUAUAGCUAUAUUUUAGUCACCCAAGAUGAGAAAGAUCCGAUUUUCUGUCGACUAAACUUUGCCAAAUUAUUGUUGUUGUACGUCAAGAAUUUUGAAUUGGAAAAUGUCGAAUACGCGUUGAAUUAUUGUUUCUUCCUCAAGGAUUUGUACUUUGAUAAGGAGACUGCCGGAGGUAUAUUCAGAACGAGGAUAUAAUAUAGUUACUAAUUUAGGUGGUAACAUUUUCGAGGGAUGUGUGAGUCGACUUUGUUUUAUCAGUCAUCAGACAGACGUCAUUUUGGGACGGCUGACUGAGAGCGGGGAUGUUCAACCCGGGCUCAUUGAACGUUUUAAAGCGGCCGUGAACACUUCUGACAUCAUCAACAGGGUGGCAAGAGACAGUGACAUAUCUGGGGAGACUUUGACAGCGUGUCGACUGUUUUUGAUGAUUAAGGUCAGUGAUUUUUUACUUAGAAGACGAUUUCUGACAAUGCAUCAGCCAUCAGUGAAACAUACGAAAAAAAAGGGGGUUAAAUAACUGUUGGCUAAGAAAAAGCGAACAAUAUUUUUUCCAAGUGUUGCGUUAAGGUACCAUAUUUUACAAUUCACGCUUUUGAAGUAAUUGCCUACAGCGGUCGUAUUUUUUUCUAUGUCCUCGGCUAAUUCACCGAGUCAAAAAUCGUCUUUUAAAAUUACCGUUUUUGUUAUUAGUCUUUCUAAUUUUUGGGUCAUCGAGUGGUUCAGAUACUUGUGAGCUUUGAAACGCUUUAUGGGAUAUGUCUGACAUUAUGUUGUGAGAUGCGGUUUUGGAGCUUAGCAAUUGACCUUCUUAUCCCUAUAUGACGAGGCGACACAACCCACUUGCUACCCACACUACCCUGAUAUUGUACUAGACAUUUAAAAAGUUCAUGCUUUUCUGACUCGAUUUGUCAAUGGUAGAAAUUUUGGCUGUAGCUGUGUGUCAUAGGUAAUCUAGGCUUGUGGGUGAACAUAAUGACAUAAUAAUCACCGCCUAUGCCAGUUUGUGUCUUGAGAUAUGCAUAAUUUAAAAAUUUCCCAAUUAUUUAAAUUUACGGACAAUUUGCGCUACAAUUUUUUGUUUAUGUUAUGUGCAUCAUAAUACUGGCGAGUGAUACAAGAAGCCUGCAGGAAAGCGUCAUAAGCAUUAAUUCAGCGGAAGUAAGGCUUCUUUAGAAACAGGGUGCUCAGUAGAUGUAUUAUAUUAAAGUGCAAUAGCAAAAGAUUAGCCUCACUUGCCAUAGAACGCAUUUUUUUCCCGAGAGCGGAUGAUAUUAAAGAAUUUCAACUAUUUGCUUGGAGGGAAUGUAGUUUGUUCAAGUUUUAUGCUAUUUAUAUAAGUGUAAGGAAUGACGGUUUUAACAGUAAAAAGCAUUAAGGAGUGCAGUCAUUCAGGCUACCGCGGUGCACCGUAAUGGUCUCUUCUUAAUUAUCAAGUUCGAAAAUAGGCAGGACUUGUUGGACACCCUAAUAAAUUAACCAAUCAUUUUUAGAGGGCGAGUGAUGCUUUCAAGCUGUGUUCAAAACACUUGGUGUCACUGAUUUCUCAAGGAACGUCCGAAAAUAGAAAAAAGGAGGGCUCAGAGGAAACGUUGAAGUUGGCUUAUUGGCUUCUGGGACUCAAGAAUGUUGACUUAGAUGUUACUCUGAAGAGAGAAUUGGAACGUUUGAUCCAGCUGAAUAUAUUCAGCGCAGCUUCAUUAACCGAUCCCUUUAAGGCUUUGAGGACGCUCCAGGAAAUGAAACUAAUCCCCUUUUCCAACGACGAGAUGUCAAUCCGGGUUUCCGACUAUACUUUGGUUUCAGAUCGGGUAAGCAAAGUCAAUUGUUUAAAAAUUCGAUUUAGGUAAAGGAAGUGAUGCACCAUGUCAUCAUCACGUUGUUCAAAGUCUUGGUCCAGCUUUCUCGUAAUGGCUCUGAAUACUCCCGAAGUGAUUUGAAGCAGAUUUCGAAAGUCGUCUUGUUAUUUGUUGCUGAGGUGAAUUGUCGUUUCCCCGUUCACCUGAAUUCUCAGAUCCUUCAACUUCAGUCACAGAUAUAAUUUUGUGAAUAAAUAAGUAAAAUGUAUUAACUGUGUUGUGUCUAUACGUUUUGUCACGUUCUUAUUUUAUGUCUGUUUUUGUUUUUUGUAAUAUGUUGUUACAGUACGAUGUCGAGAACACCUAAGGGUAAAAAGCCAAUUCCGGUUGGGCCAAAUCAACCCAGUCUUUUUUCGUAUUUCAAGGUGACUCCUAAAGUUCCCACAACGGACGAGAAGAAAGAAAACCUGGGUAGCAGUUCAUUGAAGCGGGCUCGGGUUCCAAGUGAUGAUGAUGACGUUAGGGAUGUCACCCCCAAGACUCCGAAAUCUGUUAAGAAACGCAGAGUUAUUACCUCAGAUGACGAGGACGAAGACUUCAACAUUGAUGAUCAUGAAGAAAUGUCUUCUCGUCCCCAAACCCCAACCAAAAAAGCGCCUCUGAAAUCAUCAGCCUCAUCUAGAGGCUUCACAACCCCUAAAUCUGUUCGGGUUACCACUGCCAAAACGGCUAAGGUAAGUUAUUUUUAGUAUCAAUCUAUAUGCAUACAGUCCCCUGCUCGGGUCAAGGAGAUUCGUGGGAAUCUGAACGACAAAGAGAACGACGUUGAUUUUGUUCAUUUGAGUUUCCCGUUUCUGAAGCCUGAGAACAUCAGAGAUGCCAACAAAAGACGUCCAGAUCACCCAGAUUACGAUCCUAAGACUCUGUUUGUUCCCGAAGACUUCAUAAAAGAGCAGUCUCCGGGUAAGGUUCUUUUAGAUUUAUUGUUUGUUAUGUCAUGAUUUAGGACAUCGGCAAUGGUGGAGACUAAAGGCUGCCAACUUUGAUACUGUUCUCUUCUUCAAAGUCGGAAAAUUCUACGAACUGUACCAUAUGGAUGCCGUAAUUGCUGUAGAGAAAUUGGGAAUCAGUUACAUGAGGGUAGGAUAUUUUUAUAUUUAUAUUACAAAAUUAUCCAGGGAAAAUUUGCGCACAGUGGGUUCCCAGAAAUUGGAUACGCCAAGUUUGCAGAAGGAUUGAUUGCCAAAGGCUACAAUGUAGCCAGAGUUGAGCAGACUGAGACUCCUGAUCAGCUGGCCGAAAGAGCCAAAAAAGAGAAGUUGAAGGACAAAGUCGUGAUGAGGUAGGGUUAUGUGGCUUAAAAUUGAUACGAUUGCUCAGAGAGUUGUGUCGCAUCACAUCCGUGGCAACAAGGGGUGUCAGCGUUUUGGACACCGAAUCCCUCGAAACUUCUUCUGCUGACUCGACUUUCUUGAUGGCCUUAAAGGAGGAGGUAUGGAUUUAAUUUAUUAACAAGGGAAGUACCCAAGUGCGACGUUCAGAUCUUCUUUAAAUUCGGCACACACAUCGGGAAUAUAUUAGAUAUCAAUUCCUGAAAGUUUUAGCUCGCGCUUUGCAAGUGCAGCCGGGAUAUUGAACGAUCUUUGCCGCCGAGGCAUGCCAAACGCGGAGAGCGAUCAGAGAGAAAAACACUUUUUGGCCAUAACUUCGCUAGUUUCGCGCGGAAAAAAUUUAUUUUUUGUGGAAACAUUAUACUUUACGGUAGAAAUAGGUAUGAAACUUUUCGUGCCGAAGUUCGGGAAAAAUUGUCAAUCAAAAAAAUCUAAAAAUGUCGGUUGUUUCUGCAAAGCGCGAGCUAGGAUUCUCGCAUAUGUCUUAGAAAAAAUAUUCGAAAUUUGUGCCAAGUUUCAUCAAAACCUGAGCGUCGCACAUGGGAUACUUCCUGUAAGGUGAUUCAAAAAAAAUUCGCCAUUUUUUGGUGACACUUCAAAACAUUUCCAGAGCUUGAUUGAAUGAAAGCAUAUAUGCAUGGGGCAACCCUUCACAAAAUUUUUGAUUUGUGCUACUUUAUUUUCUACAGGCUUUUUUUUAUUUAUAAAGACGAAACUUUUGAAACAGUAAAUACAGUGCAGUCUCAGGUUUUUGGUUCCACACCAUUUUUUUGAUCAUAACUCGCGGGGGUUUUUUCAAAUGUUAUUUAAUUUUACGCAAGUUUUAACCGGCCUUGACUAAUAAGCUAUGGAAUAUGCAGCAAAAAUUGGGCCAAAAAUCACAAAUUUAUAAGUGGAACCAAAAAUGUGGGACAUGCGGAAUUUAGAAAAAUAGCCAUAACGUCCGAGUAUUGAAGCCAAAUGGGAUGAAAUUUUCCAUAGCUUAUUAUUAAAGGCUGGUUAACACUUGCGUAAAAUUUCAUGACAUUUCGAAAAAACCCCACGAGUUAUGAUCAAAAAACUGGGUGGAACCAAAAUCCUGAGACGCACUGUAGCAUCUUAUAAUUUGGUUUUUUUCAGAAGAUACGUGAGGAAAACGGAUUGAAGAGCCGAUUUGGGAUUUGUCUGAUUGACUGUCAAAUUGGAGAGUUUAUUGUAAAUUAUUUUGAUAUGAAUGAUUUGAUUGAUGUGCUUCGCUAGUUUCAUUAAUGUCAUCAUACUUUCAGUUGUCCGAAUUCACGGAUGAUGAGAGUUUUUCUUCAUUGCGUACCUUCUUGGCGCAUAAUCAGCCUUCUGAAUAUCUAUUUGAGAAAGGUCAUAUCGGCUCCACAACCGCCGCAAUUCUGAGUGCCGUUCUUCGCAAAACAAAUGGCCAUGGUCUCAGCUCGAAGAAAGAAUUCUUCACAAGUGACGAGACGUUGAAACAGGUAAGUUAGAAGGUUAUUGCUGGUAUAAUUAAUAUAGCUCUUCUCCGAAAAAUAUUUGGGGAGAGAUGUGAAUGAAUGGCCUGAGGUGUUGAAGAAGGUGGUAAAUGAUGUGGAAGAAGUUAUCCCCACUCCUCAUCCCGAUUACGGGUUGGCCGUUUCUGCUCUCGGAGCUGUCUUGUGGUAUCUAAAACGAUGCCUGAUUGAUGUUGAUAUGGUUACAAUGAAAAAGUUUUCGUUCUACAGUCCAUCCACUCUGAACUUCAAGAAGGAUAAGGUUGGUGAAUCUUCAGGUUACAUGUAUUUUCUAGACUAAUGGAAUUGAAAAAUGGAAAAAUGUGAAAAUGGUUUUGGAUAGCUAUUCUCUGAAUGCACUUCAUCUACUUCCACCAAGCGAUCCCUUGAGUAAGAAACGGGCUCAUGAGAAGAAGGAGGCUGCUGGUAGAGACUUUUCGCUUUUCCAUACUAUCAAUCGUUGCGUUACUCCAUUCGGCAAAAGAGAAUUGCGUCGCUGGAUUUGUAUUCCUUCCUGUGAUCCAUGUGUUAUACAGAGUAGACAGGAGGCCAUAAAGUUCUUGGCUUCUCCGCAAGGAAUGGAGUUAGAAAUCAAAGGCGGAGAGCUGCUGAAAAAAGUCGCAGAUCUGGAGAAGUUGUUUCAGAGUAUUCACAGUCUGGGUUUAAAAUACAGAUCCACGGAACAUCCUGACGGCCGUGCUCAUAUGUUCGAAGCCAAGAGAUAUGGAGCCAGAAAGGUGAAAAACUUGAUCUUGGCCUUAGAUGGAAUGGAACUCAUCUUGAAGUUACUCACUUAUUAUGCCAAUCAAGUUGACGGUGAUGUUGGCAUGUAAGUUCAAGAUGGUUUAUAUAUACCCUCAGGGGCGUGACAACAUCCCCUCAUCUUUAUGUUUCUAGCGCUCCAUUGAUCGCCGAAUGCUUAGAUGAACGUCCAGAGACGCUGGCUGUCGAUCUGCAGCAUUUCAACGCACUCAUUGGGAACAGAGAAAAGGCCCUUGAAGAGGGAAAGAUUAUCCCGAAGCCUGGAGUAGACAGCGAUUAUGACAAUUCCUUGAAGGCGAUCGACGAUGCAAAGAGUGCUUUGGAGGAGUUCUUGAAGAACGAGAAGAAAAAGUUGAAAUGCAGUGUAAGUAACACGCAAACACACUGUAAUUAGAAAUUUUUAAUUUCAGCAGUUAAGGUUCCAAGGUGCGUCAAAGACUCCAUAUCUCCUGGAGGUCCCGGACGAACUGUCAAGAUCCCUCGAUCACAAUUAUGAACUGAAAUCGAAGAGACAGGUAAGACAAGAAAAUAUUUUUAUUCUGUUUAAGGGAUGGAGAAGAUUCUCAACCCCGGAAUUAGACGGUUUAAUUUCGGAUUUAGACGCCGCAUUGAAGAUUACGCAAGAAUUUAACAACGAUUACACUAGACGUGUUUUCGAGAGCUUUGAUUUGAGGUAGGCUUGACAAUGAUCUCAGUAAGAUUGCGUUUAAGGAAGGACCGCUGGGUGUCCAUAAUCAGAAAGAUCGCGACAUUUGACUGUUUGUUAUCACUGGCAAAGUAUGCGUCGCAGUCUCCGAUCCAGAUGUGUUUCCCGGAGUUUAUAUAUGAUGCUGAAAAGGUAACUAAUAAUUUGCAGAGAUUGUUUCGCUUUAGCCCGUCAUCGAGAUUCAUGGGGGUUAUCAUCCCACAUUGGCCACCGGUUUGUUCCAACUUGGGCAGAAUGUAUCUGAAUUCAUUCCAAACGACGUUGCCCUUGGUGGAGAUAACCCAGCUCUCUUGCUGCUUACAGGAGCCAAUAUGGGCGGCAAAUCGACCCUGAUGAGACAGAUCGCAGUCCUCUCGGUCUUGGCUCAAUUGGUAAUCUUCUUUUAUCCGGCUUUACCCCAUUUUAGGGAUCCAUGGUUCCGGCGAGAAAGAUGAGAAUCAGCCCAGUCGACAGAAUAUUCUGUCGGAUUGGGGCGAGCGAUUGUUUGACUGCAGGUAAAUGGCUCUAAUUUUUUUCUAAAUAAUAAUACUAGGUCAAUCUACCUUCUACAUGGAACUGAAUGAGACCAAUAUUAUUCUUCGCUCUGCGUCUCCACAUUCUUUGGCCAUUGUUGACGAAUUGGGAAGAGGAACCAGGUAUGUUGCAUUUAUUGUUUCUUAUUAUUAGGUAGUGUCAAAAGUUGCCCGCCAUUUCUUUAUGAAAUUUAAGCCGAGACAAGGCCAAUGUGCGAUAAUAAGCAGUUUUCGGACAUUGUUUCUUCCCGUAUUCCUUGGUAACUCAGAAUUUUUCCUGCGCACUUGAAUCUUGAAGCUCAGUUUAAAAGUUUAGACUAGAGUAAAAAGUGAUUUUCUGAGGCUUAAACAUGUUCUUUGUGACAAUAGAUUAUUAUGGAAAAAGAGGGUUUCCUGUUUAAAAGUAGGAGCCCCAUAAAAAAAAACACCAACCAAUGGCGGAAAAUUUAACACAACUUAAUGUUUCGUUCAGUACUCAUGACGGAACAGCAAUUGCGGGUGCCGUUCUUCGUUACAUGGCAGAUCACGUAGGAUGUCGCUCCAUCUUUUCAACCCAUUAUCACAGUCUUUGCCAAAUUGCUGCGGAGAAUCCAAGAAUUGCAGAAGGUCACAUGGUAGGUAACCUACAGUAGCUGCCAAAAAAAUUUCCAUUUUUUUUUGUUUCUUUUUGUAACUCUGCUCAACCAUUCUGUAGAGCAUUAUUGAUGUUGUCUAAUGGUGUAGCGAUUGGAGCGAUCUUACAUCUUAGUGUGUAACAACUGCCGAUUUACAAUUUUUGGAAAGGCAAAAAACUAAAUUUUUCCAAAAGAAUUUGCCCCUUGAUACGCCGUGGCAAAUCAUUACUACCUACUAUUGCAAUAGAACAAUGAUUGGGAGCUGAAAUUAAGUCUACGGCCUCCACUUGACAUUCAAGUUUUUCCGGCAGUAUAUGUUGAACUGAAAACUAAGUCUUUCUACAGCAACUUGUUGCCGGAGAAGCUUGAAUAUCAAGAGGAGGCCGUAGACUUAAAUUUCGGCUCCCAAUCAUUGUUCAAUUUUAAUAGUAGGUUAUCUAGCCGCUACUGCAAGGCAUUGUCGUUGUUCUUCGAAUUUUCCGUCAUGUUUUGGGGUAUCGUACUAGGGACCACCAAAAAAGUCUAUUAAACUAAUUUUUCUUGGCUCCCUUUAUGUGCAGUGGCACAUUAUUUCGUAAUCAGAAUAUAUAUGAUUUGUGUAUGCAAGCGGUAAUUGUUUUUGGAAAAAUUGGCAGUUUUUUUUCGUUCCAACAUUUUUAUUAGGUUUAAAAGUAUGACUCCGCCGUUUUUUUCUGCUGAUUGUUUUGAUCAUAGCAAAAAAUUUUUACCCUAAACCUCAUCCAGUUUUAUAUUCUACUAUUAAUUACGAGGUGUUUCCGUAAUUUGGUCAACUUUUCAAUCCACCAAAAACAUUUUUUGGCUGUUUUGAAGCCAUCCAAAUAUCAACCUAAUUUUUGGCAUCAUUGUGUUUAGCGAAGCGCUGCUGCCUCAGGUCGUGUGCUAUCGGUGGAAAUAAGUGCUUAUCUGAAAGCUCGUUGUCCGUAGAGUAUAGCGGGUGAGGUAAGGCCUCCCAUCCUAGCUGUUCUGGGGUGUCCUUGACCAGUUUUUCAACAUGGGUUCUAGCGUGAUCAUGCAGCAAAAUAAAAAUUGGUCAUUCCGCCCGCUUUAGUCAUAGCUCUCCGUUCAUUUGCAUCGGCCACUGUUGUCAACGGAGGUCAAUAACCGUUUUACCGAGUUUCAAGAGCUUACAGUGAAGAACAACUUGUUUAUGUCAUCAUAUUAUACAGCGCAAUGCUUUCUUACCGGUAAUGUUAGACUAUGCGGUCGCAUGCGCUUCGGGUUCUCAAAGUCGCUGGGUUUUUCGUCUGUGGCCAUAAAACGAUGCAAAAAUAGCUUCCCUUUGGUCUGCCUAUCAAAAUUUCGCAAGUUCUCUAUAUUGUUGUAGGUCAUUCCAUGAGACACUCAAGUCCGUUCUCUCUGGAUCCUUUCAAUUCAUUGCAAACUGAGUGAAACUCCUUUCUGUGGCACUUUGAGCACCACGGCCAACUUUUUUUGUGUAUGGGCAUCGCUUUGUAUCCAGUAAUCUCCAUCUUCAAUUUUUUUAGAUGGGUUUGAAAAUCACGGGGCUAGAACCGUUAAACCCGUUCCCCACGGAUUUUUUCUCACUAAGCACAACUAACGUAAGCUUCUCUAAGCAAUUGACGCAUUAAAAACGUUUUCCCUCGCGUUACACGUGCAGGGUAAAAUUUCCCGCAAAUGACGAUUUUCCAGGGACGAAGUUGGUCAUCUUUGAAGCUUCAUAAAAACCGCUAUGUCAAGCCCUACUAUACAAAAAAUAUAUCAAUAGAUAGCGUUUUCAAAGUUCUUUUAGAGGAUCUUAACAGAAAUUUUUAAACCUUGCUGCAACCUGUAAAAAAACGCAAAACAAAAAAACGGCGGAGUCAUACUUCUAGACCUAAUACAUCGACGGUUGUUACACACUAAGAUGUAAAAUCGCUCCAAUCACUACACCAUUGGAUAACAGCAAUAAUUCCCUACACAAUGGUAUUUGCUUGGUUUAAAUCCAUCCUAAUUUGAGCAGAGUUACACAAAAAAAUGACAGUUUUUUUGGCAGCUACUGUAUGUUGUAAUAAAUCAUACCUUCUAGGCUUGUCUGGUCGAAAAAGAUGCAAACUGCGAUGACCCUUGUAUGGAUAACAUCACCUUCUUAUACCAGUUAACCGAGGGAUCAAGCUCCAAGUCGUAUGGCUUCUUUACUGCCAAAAUGGCUGGACUGAAGCCCGACCUUAUCAAGAAAGCCGACCACGCCAGCAAAGCUAUAUUAAACGAAGCUUUGACGGUUGAAAAGUUGAAAUCUCUCAAACUGGAUGUCCAGAACGGAAUCUCGGAUGAAAUGCUCAUGGAAAAAAUCGGUGUUGUCUACUGA